AUGCCACCUUUUCGGCGGGCAUCUUCCAAGAAUGAGGACGAGGCGUAUACAGAGGGAGUCUCCCAAACGAAACGGCAAAAAGGCAACUCGGGAAGAAUCAUAGCCCCCUCGCGUGUCACAAGGGCAUCCGUGUCACUCGACGGCCUGCUAGAUCUGUUUCAAACUGGAAUAGAAAGCCGUACUACGUCUGAUGACCCAGCAAACGACCUGGAGGAAGCCAGUUAUUUUGAACGUUUUGUUGGUUCCGUGCUGCCAGAGUGUUUGGAAGUGCGCUGCCGGGUACAAGACAGCGAUUGCAGGACGGACAGCUUUGGCACUCUUCUUCGACCUUUGUCUCGUUACGAGGUGUCGGCUGCAAUAAAGUAUGCGUCCGCGUUUGGUGCGGCGGCUCUUCCUUCGCCAGCACAGGCAGCUAUAUUGAGAAAGUUGCAACUCCGUCGGGAAAGGCAUAGAACAGAUAUCCAGGGGCUAGACUUUGUCAAUCACAAUUCUUUGACCUCCGUGCCCCCUCAAUUACCGCCUCAGCCGCCACAAUCAGGCGUUUUUGACUCACUAAGAUCUAUUCGAACGACGCCUUACGAAACGUCUUUCUUAUCACGCUUAUGUGGGCGCAGACCACCCACAGACUCAGGGCUAGUUGCGGUAGAUUGGGAAACCAGAUCUCCUUGGAUGGAAUUGAUGACUGAUGUGCGAGAACACUACUCAUAUGCGCACCCUGCAUCAUCUCAAUCACAUGAAGUCUCGGUUCCAAUCCGUUAUGUCUCUCUGCAGCCGUCCCACCUUCAACAGGUACAUGAAUUAUUAGCUAGAGUAUUUUGGGAUGGAAUUAAUGUCAGCGACUUGCUUCAGUCUUCCCCCGAGCGUUGCUCGGUGAUCGCCAUGUAUGGCAAAAUUGUCGUCGGCGCAGCUCUUUUGAGCUCGCCUCAGGAAACAUACAUCACAUACCUAGCCGUCAGAGCAGGCUGGCAUAAUUGUCAAAUAGCAACUACUAUGUUAUAUCACCUGAUUAUGCUUAAUCCGCACAGAGAUAUCACACUUCACGUAGCUGCUAAUAAUCCAGCGAUGUUGCUGUACAACAGAUUUGGGUUCAAGGCCGAGGAGUUUAUCACAGGGUUCUACGAAGAUUAUCUGGACUCUCAGUCGAGGGCGUCUAUGAAUGCAUUCAGAUUACGUCUUCGACGAUGA